AUGUGUGGCAUUUGCUGUUCUGUAAGCUUUUCUGUUGAGUGUUCCAGGGAAGGUUUAAAAGAAGACUUACUGCACAAUCUGAAACGGCGAGGACCUGACAGUGGUAAACAGUUGUUCAAAUCUGCUGUCAGCUACCAGUGUUUAUUUUCUGGUCAUGUCCUUCACUUGAGAGGUGCUUUGACCACCCAGCCUGUGGAGGAUGAAAGAGGUGAUGUGUUUCUAUGGAAUGGAGAAAUCUUUGGUGGAGUAAAGAUCGAAACUGAACAGAAUGAUACUCAAAUUAUGUUUAAGUAUCUUUCCUCUUGUAAAAGUGAAGCUGAUAUUUUGACACUGUUCUCAGAAGUACAGGGCCCUUGGUCUUUUAUAUAUUACCAAGCAUCCAGUCAUCACUUAUGGUUUGGUAGGGACUUUUUCGGUCGCCGUAGCCUGCUUUGGCAGUUUGGUAAUUUGGGCAAGAGUUUGUGCAUCUCUUCAGUUGGCACCCAGACACUGGGAGAGACAAAGCAGUGGCAGGAAGUGCCAGCAGCUGGAAUUUUCAGAAUCGAUCUAGAAUCUGCAGCCAGUUCCAGAUGUGUGAUUUUAAAUUUUUAUCCUUGGACACAUAUUUCUGAGGAGAAUGUUGCUGAAGAACGUGUUGAUGUUCUGACUCAGGUUUCAGCAGGCUUACCAACAUUUGUAUCAAUUGUAAUGAAUGAGUUCAAACUGUAUCUUGCAAAACCUGUUGUUCCUUUAAAUAUGACGUUGCCCCAAGCUCCUUUGGAAACUCACUGCAGGAAAAUAUCCAACGUUCCACCUACAAGAGAGACACUUGAAGUCUUUCUUACAGAUGGACACAUGAAAAGAAUAGUUCACCAGUUCAUCAAUGUCCUGAGUAUUGCAGUUGAGAGACGUGUCUUGUAUUUACUGAGGGACAAAAACCUGCCACCAGAUGAAGUUUUGAAAGCUUGCAAUAAGAAAGCAAAUGUUGCCAUCCUGUUCUCCGGAGGCAUUGACUCCAUGGUGAUUACAGCCCUCGCCGAUCGCCACAUCCCUUUAGAUGAACCAAUUGAUCUUCUUAAUGUAGCUUUCCUGAUGAAAGACAAGACCCUGCCAGCUCGCCUUAACAGCAGGCGAGAACAGAAAGAUGGCUGCGAAAUGCCCUCUGAAGAAUUCCCUGAGAAUGCCUGUGCUGUCCAUGGGGAUAGUCGUGCAGAUGCUGUCCCAGAUCGAAUCACAGGAAGAGCUGGACUAAAGGAACUGCAAGCUAUUAACCCGUCUCGAGUUUGGAAUUUUGUUGAAAUCAAUGUUUCUUUGGAAGAAUUGCAAAAAUUAAGGAGCACUCACAUCCGUCACUUAGUUCAGCCCUUGGACACGGUGUUAGACGACAGCAUUGGCUGUGCAGUCUGGUUUGCCUCUCGCGGGAUUGGUUGCUUAGCAACUCCGGAUGGAGCAAAAUCAUAUCAGAGCAGUGCAAAGGUCAUUCUCACAGGCAUUGGCGCAGAUGAGCAGCUUGCUGGGUAUUCUCGUCACCGUGUCCGCUUUCAGAUGCUCGGACUGGAGGCACUGAGUGAGGAAAUAGCAAUGGAACUGGGUCGGAUUUCUUCUCGAAACCUUGGUCGUGAUGACAGAGUUAUUGGUGAUCAUGGAAAGGAAGCAAGAUUUCCAUUCCUGGAUGAAAACGUUGUCUCCUUUCUUAAUUCCCUGCCCAUCUGGGAAAAGGCAAACUUGACUUUACCCCGUGGAAUUGGUGAAAAGCUAAUUUUACGUCUUGCAGCUGUGGAACUUGGGCUCACAGCUUCCGCCCUUCUGCCCAAACGGGCCAUGCAGUUUGGAUCCAGAAUUGCAAAACUGGAAAACAAUAAGGAAAAGGCAUCUGACAAAUGUGGAAGGCUCCAAGUCAUUUCCUUAGAAAACCUUUCUUUUGAAAAGGAAACCAAAUUAUGAUGUGACUUCACAGUGUUACAGUUACUGAGUGACAGUUACAUAAAAAUAAAAUACUCUGCUGCUUUGUUACUAUA